GGCCUGAAGGGGCUGAAGAGUAAAGCGGCAAGGGCAGAUGCUUCAACGAAUGGGAAAAAGAACACAACAAUCCAGGAUUCGCAUGUGGUCACCCACCAUACUACUAACUGGCCGGCGUGUGGCUUAAGUACGGCUGAGCGGACGGGAAGCCCUGUUCUCCACACCCUAUGGUCGUAUGUACUUGGAAACCAACUCAAAACAAAAUAUAUGAUCGUCUGCUUCGGUACCAUCGUAUUUUCAGCCGCCUACCCCGUAUGUCAAGUAGGAUGUCCUGAGGUAUUCAUCGCGUGCUAUUCGGCAGCAGGAUAUGUCUUGGGAGCAACUGCGGGUGCAAUGGUACCAGCCACCAAUAUUGCUUGCAACGCGAGUUUUGGAAAGUCCCAGGGAGCUUGCGUGUUGGUGCUUCUAUGA